GUAAUUUACCUGUUAAUAAGCGAAUAACUUCAUUUAUAUUUCUAUGUGAGAUGACGUAAAUUGCUACACAUUCAAGUACCCGGGUUUCUGUUAGUUGUACGGAAAAAGACACUUUAGAUUGCUCAAUCCGAAAUUACUAUUUUCUGCUCUACCCAAAUGUAAAAGCAGACGGUUUGCAUCAAGGUAUUACGUACCAUAUUAGUUUAUCUAGGUUAAUGUACGCUGAAACUGGUUGAGAAAUCAGAUUUUGCAAUGAUGAACAAGUUUUUUUUUUUCUCAUUGCCGCUGCGUACAAGUUAAAUUCUAAAACAUGUCCAUGUUUGCAAGUUGCGAACUAAAUAAGAAGUUGAUUGGUUAUUUUUAAAAAACUAUACUUUGAUAAAAAUUGUCCUGUAAACACAAACCGAACUACGAUAAAAUGAAAUUGUUAACCAGACCACAGCAGUCGUGUCCAAUUUUGACAGGAUAUUGGAAUUUGGAACUGAUUUGAUCUUAAUAAAUGUCUUGAUAAAAAAAUCGUACACAAUUUGGUUUAAACUGCUAACUCCUUGACUUUUGUUAAUUAUCAAUUAAAAGCAUUUUGAUUUUCGCGUAAAAUUCAAAAGGAUCCUCUAGCUAUUAAUUUCAUUUGGAAUUUAAAUUAAAUUGUGGUUCAAUGCUGUUUUUAUUAGGUAUGUAAUAUAGGUAAUAUAAAGAUAGACAAAAGGCGAAAGGGAAACGUAAAAUAACCGGUUGGUUCAACAAAGAAGUGAAAAGAAAUUUUCCCCAUUUUCGUUUUGUAUUCAAACUGCUAUGGGAAAAUAAUAUUCAAUUGGGUUUAGCUAUUCAUCAAGUACUGUUCUCAUAUUUCGUCCUGUUGUUUUCCCGGAUCAUUUAAAAAAUUGUCAAAGAAAAUGACGGAAGAUGUCAUUGAAGAAUCGGCGGAUGUGCCCUUCCCUCCUCAACGGAUUAGUGAUGAAAACAAUUGCCCAAUAAGUGAUUCUUGUGUUUACGGUGUUCUCGUCCACAACGCGACCAAGACAUUCGGAUCUGGAAGUAAAAAAUGUUCAAUUCUGCAAGGACUGAACUUGUCUGUUAAAAGAGGAUCAAUAUAUGGAUUGCUAGGACCCAGCGGCUGUGGAAAGACGACACUGCUAAGUUGCCUCGUCACUUUACGCUCCUUAAACAGUGGGACCAUUCAAGUAUUAGGACACGAACCGGGAUCGCCAAAAAGCGGAGUCCCCGGACCGCAGGUUGGCUACAUGCCACAAGAAUUGGCACUGUACGGCGACUUCACCAUCAAGGAGACACUGACAUACUUUGGUCGCCUUUACAAAUUAAAACCGACUUUUAUGAAAUCGCAAUUGAAAUUUCUGUCCAAUUUAUUGGAUCUGCCCCCGUGUGAUCGUUACGUCAAGACGCUGAGUGGCGGACAGCAGCGACGCGUCUCGUUCGCCGUCGCUUUGUUUCACGAUCCUGAUUUGCUCAUCUUGGACGAACCGACAGUUGGCGUUGAUCCUGUACUCAGGCGCAGCAUUUGGAAUCAUCUUGUGCGUCUAAGUGUCGACCAUGGCAAAACGGUGAUCGUCACGACUCACUACAUCGAAGAAGCAAGACAGGCCAACACGAUUGGAAUGAUGCGUUGCGGUCGUUUAUUAGUCGAAGAUUCGCCCGAAAAUCUGUUAAGGAAUUAUGGACUCUCCACAUUGGAGGAUGUUUUCCUUCAACUCAGCAGGAAGGAAAAUUCUAAAAAUCCAGAAGUCGAAUCUGCAGAGAUUGAAGCAAAUAUGGCCAGCACGAGUUCAAGUUCCAGUGAGUCAGACCCAAACACCGGCGCAGCGCAAACUCUGCCAGAAAUCGAUAGAGUUUCCUUAACGAAUUUGGACCGUCAGUGGGACAUAAAUGGAAUUGCUUUGCCACCGACUGGUUGCUCUUCUCCUACAAACAGGCAAACACGCCCUUGUGCAUCCAACAAAAAUUCAACUAACAACAGGGAAAGAAACAAUCGCCCUACAUCCGGAAGUGCGUUAUUGGAAGAAAAAUGGGAAAUAUUCAAAAAGGCCCUGCCAUCCCCCUAUCGUGUUGGUGUCCUUUUUCGGAAGAAUUAUUUGGUAUCCAUUAGGUUUAGAUUAUUAUUUAUAGCGACUUUCUUCGUGCCCGCCAUUCAAACGUACAUCUUUAACAUAUGCAUCGGACAAGACAUGACUGCCCUCAAAAUGGCCAUUGUUAAUGAGGAAAUCGAUGUGAACCAGGGUCGUCUGUGCAACAAUGCGACGGAUUGCGCUUAUUCGAUGCUCAGCUGUCGCUACCUGCGCUACAUUAAUAACAACAUCAUUCAGGUUCCCUAUGACAAUUUAUCGGAUGCUCUGGAAGCUGGAAGGAAUGGCCAAGUUUGGGGCGUCAUUCACUUUGGUCGAAAUUUCACCGAAGAGUUUGAGAUGCGGGAGGAUUCGAUAAGUAAAGAAAACAUAAUUGGGAGGCAAAUUAACAUCACCAUGGAUUCUUCCAAUCAACAGAUUGAUGCGUUUGUUAAAAAAUGGCUUGGGGAAGCUUAUCAUGAUUUCCUCAAAGAAUUUAUGGAUGCCUGCGGAUACAAUCCAGAAGCCAGUUCAUUGCCUAUUGAGUUUGUCGAUCCAGUCUACGGUCAGAAAGACACAAAAUUCACUGAAUCUGUGGCUCCUGGUCUUAUUCUAUCGACUGUUUUCGGCUCGGCUCUUAUUUUAGGAUCCGAUUCCUUUGUCCGUGAAAGAAUGCUCGGUCUUGUUGAACGCAGUUUAGUCGCUGGCGUGAAGAUGAAUGAAGUGUUUAUCAGUUAUUUAGCCAAGGAAUUCUUCACGAUGAUUAUCCAAUCAUUAUUACUUUAUGUGGUCCUUCUGUUGCUUUGUAACAUUCCUUGUCUGGGCAGCGUAACCUUGGCAAUAUUCAUUACGUUUCUCGAAGGAUUUUCCGGAAUGUGUUUUGGUAUGUUGAUAGCCUCAAUUUGUGAUACCACAAGUGGCGUUAUAUACGUUGCGCAAUCCUAUUUCCUCCCGAAAUUAUUUUUGAGCGGCUCGACAUGGCCCAUCGAUGCGAUGCCGGUGUUUCUCCAAUAUGUCGCCUACUCACUUCCAACGACUUAUGCAACGGUAUCAUUGGGAAAUGUUUUAUCAAGAGGGUGGGGUCUAGAACGACCUGAAGUUUAUUUUGGAAUUUUAUCCACCGUUGCGUGGAUUUUUGGUUUUUUGUUUGUUGCCUCCAUUGUUUUACGGUUGCGCAAAAAUUUGAGUUAAUAUCAUAUAUAACAGUCAGUUUGGGUACAGUAUAUUUAUUCCUUCAUGUAAAAUCACUUAUUUGACACCGCUUUAUUGCUGCUAUUUAUAAUACUGCUGUAUGCAUUUAAUCUAACCCACACAGCGAACGAAUUGUAUUUUGUAGAUAACGUUCACUUUGUCUGAUAGAGCGCAGUUUAUACUUACCAUUUACUUCUGGUAUGUCGAUAGUUGCUCAAAAGUAAGUAACUAAGUACCCUUUUUAAAAUAAAUACAUUUUUCUCUGUAACAAAAUUUCAG